AGUGCAUUUGGUGCUCAAAUAACUCGCAAGAUGACAUACGAAUGGCUGUGCAGGUGUGCCUCGGUAAUCCUGUGAAAGGGUAAGCUUUGGAGAGAUCUAGAAGCAUUACCCUAAGACAGGUGGAGCUAUCUCCUUUCUCCACACAUGUGUUCCCUGUCCCAAACAGAGAGCUUAAUCAAGAGGAAGAGAGUGUCUGGCAGACUGAGAACAGCUCUCCUUUAAUGAGACACCUUUCUGAAGUAAUCAAGUUUGAAGCACUUCUCUUCCUAUCAUUUCAGGGACUGUUUGCUGUAAGCGAUUGCGACUGCCUCCCAGCUGCCCAGAGAAUUCAUCUCCUCCCUAAGAUACAUCAGAGGACCCCAUGCAGGCAAGAACAGGAGCUUCUUUCGUCCUGAUGAUUCACGUCGAUGUCAUUUUCCUCCUGACUCCAGAGGCUCUGAGACAAAGCCACAGCCCAAGUGAUAUGCCGGUGUCAGAACAAUUCCUGUCCUGAAGGAAGGUAUGCAACCUUCUUUAUUCCCCCUUCACAGACGUCCUUGAGCCCUCGAGACGGAUGUGAGCGAGUUUUUCAGUGCUCAUGCAAAACAACCAUCUAAACAUAACAGAUGACAUCAGCUUGGGCUUUUCAAUUCCUGGAUGGCAGCGGCGUGUUAAUCCAGCCUUCAUCCUGGAUUUCAUAAACUAAAACAAGAGAGCCUGGCAAGAGGACAGCGCUGCUGCUGGGUUGAGGAAAUUGAUGACGGGGAAGCAUGCGGGCAACCCAGUGUAUAAAGCUCAUAAACGUGUAGGCAGAGGCUCGGCUACCACUUUGGACAGCUGCUUCCCGCCAGCAGAGAACCACGCCGCCCGCAGGGAGCUGAGCCAGAGCCGGCGGGAAACAUGAAGAGCCUCUUGCUGCUAGCCACGCUCCUGGUACCCGCGCACCUGGCGACGACCUGGAGCCCCAAGUACGCGGUCGACUGCCCGGAGCGAUGCGACCGCGCCGAGUGCAAAAGCAGCCUGAGCUGCAAGCGGACAGUGCUGGACGACUGCGGCUGCUGCCGGGUGUGCGCCGCGGGCCUGGGCGAAACCUGCUACCGCACCGUCUCCGGCAUGGACGGCGCCAAGUGUGGCCCGGGGCUCAGGUGUCAGUUUUACAGUGAGGAAGAUGACUUUGGUGACGAGUUUGGUAUCUGCAAAGACUGUCCCUACGGCACCUUCGGGAUGGAAUGCAAGGAGACAUGCAACUGUCAGUCCGGCAUAUGUGACAGAGUGACUGGCAAAUGUCUGAAAUUUCCCUUCCUCCAAUAUUCAGUAGCUAAGACUUCCAACAGGAGACUUGUUUCUACAGAGCAUGACAUGGCAUCUGGAGACGGCAAUACUGUGACAGAAGAACUUGUAAAAAAGAAUACCCGCUCGCCUGUAAUGAAAUGGUUAAAUCCUCGCUGAGCCUGGGUGGGGUUUCUGAGAGAAGACUCUUAUCUUAAUGGUCAUUCAACACACAGCCAACAUUUUAGGAACUGUCUAGAUUAUAGCAUAUGGACAUGUGAUAUCGGGAGGCCAAGUGUGGGGGUCCAGAAAAAAAAUAAUAAAGUAGGCUACUAACAAUCCAUAAAAUGCAUAUGACUGAACACUUUUAGAUCUUUGUGAAAUAUAUGAAUACGUACAGAUUUGUUAAAUAUGUGUUUAUAGUAAUACUGAAGAACGGAAAACACAAUUUAGAUCAUAUUAACGUGGACGCAGAUCAGCCCCAGAGGAAGCUAAAGCUAAGGCCACAGUGCCUGUGACUCGGAUGUGCAUUGAUGCUGGGAUACAGGAUGGAGGGAGAGUUCGGAGCGAGAGAAGGUGGGAGCGGGUGGGGGAGUAUGGUAUUUAGGUCUUCCUUGUAGUAGCACCAGUAGAAUUUAAUUGUGCUUUUUUUUUUUUUUUUUUAACUUUGGGAAAAGUGAACACAAAACCAGCCUGAAGGAAGGGGGAUAGUCGAAGCUUGUAGGAGAUUGGGUAGCAACCCCCAUAGUGAGGCAGGUUUCAAAGGCUGCUUCGUGUCAUUCCCAGAUGACCGCAUCUGAAGGGAGAUUCUGGGGCAGAGGGCAAACUCCUGUAAGUGGUUUUAAAGAAGGCCACCUCAGACCGAGAGAGGCAGGCAGUAUUUUUCCCACUUGGAGGAGGUAGGAAGGUAAAUAUUUACAUAAUUUUGUCAAUGAUUUAUGUUAGUAUGAGUCAUCCUAACAGACAUACUCAUCACCCUCUACUGUUCGUUUAAAACGGGUAGAAUAAAGGUAUAACUCUCUAAGGUUUCCAAACCCUCAAGGCAUGGUAAAUUUAUUAUUAGUAAUUAUAGUAAUAUUUACAGUAAUAAGCACAAGGGAACCCUGGGAAAAACUUAGUCAUGACAGAUGUAUACAAUGUCAGAAAAUGAGCAACAGAAGGAGUUUAUUGAAAAGUCAGUGCAGUGACUUAGAAGCGUUUUAGAUUUAAAGUAGAAACUACUUUUUCAGGAGGUUUGGAAGAGAGUCAAGAAGCGUCAGCUUUAAAAUAGGGCUCAUUUUCUUAUUUUUCUUUCCUUCAAAGUCAGUUGAUAAGUGGAAUUAUGAGCACACGGGAGGAUCUCAGCACAAACGGGACGGUUGUACUAGAUUUUGUUAGGAAACGUUUGCAGACCUAUUUUAUUUGGAGUGAAGAUUAUUUAAAGAUUAUUUCACUAUUUGCCUAUGUUUAUUCUCAAAGUUUGCCACAGAGUUGUGAAUGCGUGUGCGGGAAGGUCUUGGAUCAUGAGCUGCAUAAGCUGUUGGAUUUGUUUUAAAAGGAAAAGUUUAUGGCUGCUCAAUAAAAAUACAAGACAGCU